ACAACUUUGUUGACAUCUUAAAUCUGUACAUGCAUAAUUAAAACACUGGCACUCCCUAUGGCCAAAAUGACUUUGCCAGUUGGGUGAACAUGGAGGGAUGGCAGCCACUGUCCUCUUGGCUCUGUUCUGACUUAUCCUGUAGAAAGAGAGGUGAGAACGUUCUGGCACGCAGGGUGGGACACCUUUAAACGCCCAGCAUGAAUUAUUAACACAGCUGAGGCCAAACAUCUGUAGUCCUAGAUCCCAUUAUUGUCCUUUUGCCGCAACCAAGUCACCAUGGACAAGCUUAUGUGCACACACAAACCUAAUUUUUUAUACUCAGAUAAAAAAUAAACAUUUAUUACAGUAUGUAUUGUAACCCAUUUUGCUUGUUUGCUGCACACAGGCGACAUUGCUCUCAUCACCAAAUCUGUGACCUUGAUGGAGGGUGAGAGAGUUAUCCUGACCACUGACAUCCUGAUGGCCACAGACAGUGGAAGUCCAUCAGAUGAGCUCAUAUAUACUGUAUCUACUCCACCUGAACAUGGACACCUGCACAUGGUCCAAACUCCGGGGGUUCCCGUGUUCACCUUCACCCAAAUGGAUGUGGCUGCCAACCGGGUGUGCUACACUCAUGACAACAGCCGCUUUGCUGAUCGUGAUUCUUUCAGCUUUGCCAUUACCAACGGUGUGACCUCCAGAACUGGCAGCAUUUAUUUUACCGUGGAGCACAGUGACCGUAUCCCACCCACACUGAACAUAAACAAAGGCCUUCAGCUCACCGAGGGCACAGUCAAGAUCAUUUCCAAUGAACACUUAAAACUGACCGAUCCGGACACAGCUCUGGACAACCUCACCUAUGUUGUUAUUCAAGGCCCGCAGUAUGGGAAGUUACUCUUGAAGGGAUUUCCCCUUUCUAAGCCUCGAUUUACACAAGUGGACAUCAAUAGCAUGGAUAUAACUUACCACCAUCUGAACGGGCGAGCUAAGAUUGACAGGUUCACCUUUCAACCCACUGAUGGUACUAACACAGGUUAUUUGGAGUAUGGACAGCUGAAGACUGAACCUGCUGUGUUCACUAUACAGAUAGAGAUACUGGACAAGACACCUCCCAAUAUUUUAAACAGGGGGGUUCCAAGUACUGUUGAGAGUAUUCAAGAUGGCAAACAGUGCAUCUACAUCACCACCAAAGAACUGCAAGCCACCGAUCCAGACAGUCCAGACGACGCGCUUGAGUUCACAAUAAUAAGACCUCCACAUUUCGGAUACUUCGAGAAUGCCCUCACAGGUGCCUACAUUAAAGGGCGCUUCACCCAGAAGGAUGUGAACCAGAAGGCAGUGCGCUAUGUCAUACCUGUAGAUAUAGAAGUGACAGCGGACAGCUUUGAGUUUCAAGUCACAGACCCUGCAGGAAACACUAUGCUUCCUGAAGUGUUGGAAUUCAGGUGGUCCCGUGUGGAGCUGUCUGCUUCCUGUUAUCGUGUUUGUGAAAACGCAGGAACGCUCGGUGUGCAGGUGGUACGCAGUGGGAACAGCAUAGAUCCAGCGUACGUCGGCAUACAGGUGGAAGAGGGCACUGCCAAAGCUGGGAAAGAUUUCACUCAUAGUUCUGCCAGUCUUGUACAGUUUGAUCCAGGUGUGUACGUCAAAAUAUGGAACAUUCAUCUGAAAGAUGACGGUUUAGAGGAGAACCACGAGAAGUUUGAGGUGGUUUUGAAGACUCCAAAAAAUGCAGUUUUGGGACAGAGGAACAAGGCCACGGUUGAGAUUGUGGAUCCUAGAAAUG